GUGAGUCAUGUGGCUCUGCAGUUCAUCUGAUAUUUCUCUUGUGUCUAAGUUCAAAGCAUUCUCAGUGUACAUUAUCUUGUAGAGGAGAGAAGAGAUGUGUGCUGCUAUUAGUGUUAGGAAUGUUGUAAACACUAUAGCUGGUGCAGAAGUACAAAAAAAUACCAGAUGGGUUGUAGCUGAGAAUGGAUGUUGUCCUUGAAGACAAUGGAAAUGUGUCAAGCCAAGUCGAUUGCAAUUACAAUAUGGACAGCGAAAGUGAAAGGACAACAACAACAACAACAACAACAGGAGCAAGAAAGAAGAAGGAGGAACAAUCAAGAAUCAAGCCAUCUGGUGGGAAGAAGAGAUAUGCUCAAAAGAGACAUCCACAGAAUCUACUGAAGUAUGAGGAAACUUCCUUAGACUUGAACAGUACGGCACAAUGUAAUGGGCACAGUGAAACAAUUUGUAAUGGCCACAUGGAAGUUCAGCUCAAUGGUUUCAGUGAGCCAUACAGCAAUGGCUGGGCUGAAGAGGAUGGGAGUCAAUCAUCCAGUGAUGAGCUCAGGGUUUAUAAUGUAAAUGGCAUAACAAAUCCUGAAAACCCUUGUGACCAUAAAGGGAACAGAUGGAAUAACACCCUGACUGUUGCAUGUGAUGGUGCCCCAUUACACGGUCAGUUACCUAUGACCAAUGGCACUGAAAAUGAUCAAAGUCUCACAGGAACUGAGAGCACGUCCUUGUCAUUGCCUCCUCUGGUUUCUGUUCCUGACAGCAAUGGAGAUUUGCAUAAUAGAAAAUUUGACACAGCAGAUGGUGAGGUCCAUACAAGCGGUGUCAGUGAGUUUGAAAACCAUGAGAAUAAAGCCAUUAAAAAUGAGUCUCAAAAAGGCAUUGAGUCUGACAGCAAAAAGGAAAUUGGAAUUUGUGUGGUCUCUGAUGGCAAAGGCAAUUAUGCCAACGGCUUCUCGUCAGAUUACAGAAUUGAAAAUAACAGCAGGAGCAAUAAUGCAGGGGAUAUGCCAAUGUUUUCUCAAGUAGAAAAUGAGCCUAAUGAAAGCAGUAUUGACCAAAGCUCCAGGAAAACUCUCUAUCAGAUUACAUUGUCUGAAGACGGGAAGCCUGCGGCAACAGGAGCAGCAACAGAAUGGGAGAGGGAACAUAUUGAUGAAUGUGGUACCAAAACCCAGGGCCAAUAUAGAUAUUCAGACCAGCACAGUGAGGCCAGCUGCUUCAGAAACCAUGGGGAUAUCACAUAUUCUGGAGAUGAUGAAGUGCCAAAGCAAGAUAUUCAAUCAAAUGACCCACCUGGCAGUUAUUAUAUGCAGGUAGAAAACUGGUGCCAAAUAUUAGAGGAAGACCACAGCCAAUUCAAUGGAGUUGUUGGAGUAGAUGAAGGGACUGUACAUUGCACAUCCAACAAUUUUACUUCAGGUGAAAUUGAUUUCAACGUAGAGAAUACCAGCCAUUUUGAUCAACUACAGACUAUUGCACUAGACUAUAUAGCAGGCUCCUACCAUGAUGAUGACAACAGUGAUGUCAAUAGGGGGGAAGUGGAAAAUCAAAGCACUGAAGCAAACAUAGGAGCAGAUGAUCACCUUGAAGAGGAUAAUGACAGUGUGAGUGAUAGCAUAUCUCAAAGUACAGACUGUCAGUCUACGUGUAGUACUCAGUCAGAAUGGAUGGUCACCAGGUCAUGGCAGUUUCUCCAUAGUUAUCGGAACACAGUCAGCCAAGCAGAUCAUGUAAUUGAUACCAUAACCACUGACUUGCAUUCAAAAUUUGCUUGUAUAUCAAUUCCUCAUGCUUGGGCAGAUAACGGGCAAUGUUUAAGUGAUCACUCAAAGCAGCUGCCAUCUACCGAAGCUGAACAAUCGGCUCCAGUUUCGGAGAAAGUUUCUGUAGCAAAGUUUUCUGAGGCUAGUUCUAGUGACAAAAGCUCUGAUCAGACUGUCCCAUCUGACUGUAAAUCCCAAGAUGGAUUAAGCGAUGAUUUGGAAUUUUUUUACGAUGAUGAAUUUGCCACGGGAUUCAACACCAAUUUGGCUGACAUUGAUAUGGGGAUGCUCAACUCUGAUGAGCUUCAACUUUGCUCUUCACUGUCAGAUGUAUUGUCACGUAGCCAAGUUCGACCGUUAGGUCAAGCCAGCAAGAUGAAGGUGAAGGCAGAGAGAUGCCAUUACGAUAGUGAUUAUGACCUAUCCAGGACCAGCACAGCUUGCAGCUCUUUACUUUCCGUUGGGAGUAGCAAUGUCGCUGCUGGCCUGGACUCAACAUCGAGUUCUGAAAACCCAAAAAUGUUGUUCAUCUCUGGAGAAUUUGACUACUCCUCUCCGUACCUGUGUGAAGAAUUACUCCAAACAGUAGAUCGGCUGAGCGAGCAUGGCCACCAGGAGCAGCAGCCCUCUGAAAUGCACUGUAAUGAGUAUGAUGAGUAUGACAUCUCUAACCUUCCUUAUGAACACAUGUUUUUACUACCUCACGAGGCCACGGCUGCCUCAGACACAUUUUCCAUAUCAGACUUUGAGAAGGAGCAUUUCUUUUCUUGCAAGGAUCUUAUGCAGUCGGAUGAAAUGUUGGAUUUCCCCCCUCACCCUCCAAAAGAGAGAGCUAACAUGCAUGGAGGAGAAGAAUCCCCGUAUGAUGAUGAAGCACACCUAGAGUACCCUUCCUAUGUUUCUAGUUCUGGCGAGUUUUCAGAUUUAGGCUACUCGCCCUUGUUUUCCCCUUCCAAAGAGUCUACUGGAAUAGCACACGUGUCUUCCGGAAGUGCAACCACGGGUAGUAAUGCUAGUAGCCUGAGAGAUGUGAUAAACUGUGAUCCCUAUAGCACUAGGCAAAACUAUAUGCUAACGUUUGCUGAUGGAGGGUCAUGUAGUCCCACUAAACAACUCCAUGAUAGCUACCAAGACGCUGACACCAGUGAUGCCAGUCAACACCUGACAACAUGGGCAGAAAGGGCCAAGGUCUUUGAUGAAAAAGGGGUGGAGACUGUAAAGCACUUCAAUUCGCCUAUCUCUGACAAGACCUCCCCAGGGAGNUUUUAUCAUGACAACUGCACAAGAAGCAAAGUGAAUUUAUCUGAAUACAGGUUAUCCAUGAACAAGCUUCCUCACCACUAG